AUGAAGCAGCUUCGUGCUGAGAACGUGCAGCUUCAGCAGCAAUUAGCUUUGUUGGCAGCACAGAUGGCUCAGCUCCAAGCUCAUGCUGCUCCACCUCCCCAUAGAAAAUGUCCGGUUGCUGUGCCAGACAAGUUUGAUGGCAAUCAGGCCAUGUUUCCUGCUUUUUUGGGACAAUGCCACUUUUUUAUCAGCCUGAGAGCUGAAGACUUCCCCACUGACUGGGAUAAAGUGGGAUUUAUGAUCAGCCUGCUCUCCGGCUCUGCGGCUCGCUGGGCCACGCCCCUGCUGGUUCAAGCUAGUCCUCUGUUAGACAAUUUCAGGGGGUUUUGUGAUUAUCUCAGAUUUUUGUAUGAGGACCCCAUCAAAACACAGACUGCUACCCAACGUCUGAAGACCUUGAAGCAGGGCUGGCAACCACUGUAG